GCCGUGCCGCUAUCUGAUGAUGGUAUACCUGAAAGACGGAUGGUCAAGGCCGUCCCCGUCUAACCUGAACAUGCAAGUGUAGCUUCAUUCAGCAACGGUUACAGCGCUAAACCAGGUUACUUGUUAAUUUAGCUCUAGCUAGUCACAUAUCCUUUUUAUUAAAGCAUGGAGGACGACUGUGUUUGUGACUACGACUCGACCUGGGACACAGAGAGUGAUGGAGAAGACCCGGCCGGAGAGAGCCUAAUUCGUCGGUCAAAUUCAGACAAAAACAAGUCGAGCUGGGCUUUAUGGCACACCACGCCCAGAAACAUGAGGGCAGCAAAGGACAUGCAAAACUACCGGAGAGGAUACCCCAAUCUUGCAGAUGAGGAGUGCUCGGAGGACAAAAUGAAUAAUUUGCAGUUUUAUCUCAAUAAGUUUCCCUCUGCUCCUGAUGAUAUCUACAUUGAAUCAUUUCUUAAAGAAUGGAAAAAUGACUACAAACGGUUGGAGAGGGUUCACUCAUACAUUCAGUGGCUGUUUCCACUGCGAGAACCAGGGGUUAAUUACAUGGCUUCAGAACUUACCAAGAAGGAAAUUGAGGCCUUCAAGAAGAACGAGGAUGCCAAAAGGAGGCUAGUCGAGUCCUAUGAACUCAUGUUGGGCUUCUAUGGCAUCCGUUUGGUUAACAAAGAGACGGGUGAAGUUAAACGUGCGGAAAAUUGGAAGGAGCGCUUUGGAAACCUGGAGCGAAAUAUGCACAACAACCUGCGGAUCACUCGCAUCUUGAAAAGCCUGGGGGAGCUUGGCUUUGAACACUAUCAGGCCCCUCUGGUGCGCUUCUUCCUGGAGGAAACUCUGGUCAAGAAGACUCUUAGCAGUGUUAAACGGAGUGUGCUUGACUACUUUCUGUUUGCUGUGCUGGACAAGCAUAAACGUCAGGAGCUUGUGCGCUUUGCUUAUCUUCACUUUGAGCCAAAGGAUAAAUUUGUGUGGUGUCCCAGAAAGAUUCAAAGACAGUUCAAAAAGGCAGAGAAGAGACCUGAUGCUGUUGGAAAUGGAGAUGGAAAGGAUGAAGCCUUUUCACGUGGUAAAGGCAAAGAUGGAGAAGCAGCCCCACAGCAGAAGGAUGAUGGACUGGAUAGUGUCGCAAAGGCUCAGAAAGGAACUGAUAAAACUGCAGUUAAGGACAAAAGCAAACUGCUUGAGGUGUCCUCUGAGCCAAAACCAGAGUCUGAGGCCGUCGGAAAUGGAAAUGUGGAGACUGAGUCUAAUAAUGACAUUUUGGGGAAUGGAAAUGACUCUUCAGAUGAUGUUAAUGAAAUGGAUCAUUCGCCCAGUAACAACACUGUGACAGGUCAAAACGAGUCCUGUGCAGACAGUGAGCAGAAAUUUACCAGUAACUUGAAGGACCAGGAUGGAGAAAUAAAUAUGCAAACAGAUGGGGAUGUAGAACCUGAAAAACCACCGAAGAAGAAAAAAGAAGAUAACAGGGUGCUGCCAAGCAACGGCCUGGCUGGGGGCUUACCCAGUGGGCAGAUAGAGGAUAAAGCUGUUCCUAAUAAAGCCACUGGUCAAACGAGCCCAUCAGCGCAAACGCCUCAUAAGACUUCAAAACACUCACCCUCUCUGUCUUCAGAAAGGGAGGAAAAAAUUCCAAGGACUGAUUUUAAUCAAGUGCCACAUAAAAAGGAAGCAGAAGAAACGUUGCAGGAAACUCUGUCUGCAGCAAAUGGGUCACUGAUGAAAACCGACAAUGGUGUGGAUGAACAGACAAAUGGGAAGGAAUCUGAGGAUAUUGAUAUGGAAUCAAACCCCACGACCUCAGACCAAAAUGGGGGGAACUCAUUAAUGAACUGAUGGACAAAAUUUAUAUUAAAUUAAAUGGGGGAAAAAUGUAAUAUAGGGACAGGGGAUGGCUUAAAGACUUUCUAGGCCUUAUUUCUGCUAUAUUUGAUGUUAAGAUGUUAACUUUGAAGGACUAUACAGCUACCAGCCACAACAUUAAAACCACUUUGAGGUUGAAGUAAA